AUGGCCAAUGAUAAAAAAAAAUGUGUUUUUUGUAAAGGACAUAACGAUAACAUAAUACUUUUCGUGGGUGAUAAACUAAAAAAAUGUCAGCAAGUUUUAAGUGUACGUGUGAAAUAUAAAUUAAAGUACAGUGACAUUGAGCUGCCCACGCAAAUAAAUAAGACAGAUGGAUAUCAUAGACAAUGUUAUAGUAGUUUUACUGCUUUAAUGUCAAAAUACCGUGAUUUAUCAUCAGAAACAGAUUAUGGCAGUAACUCCACUUCACUCACUUUGUCACCGAGUACUCCAGUAGAUAUUAGUGAAACUGUUCCAAGAAACGUAACUCAAAGCUCCUACAUUGAGGUUGCUUCUUCAAGUUUAGACAUUCAGACAAAAUCAGGAGAUUUUGAACUGAAUUUGAACAGUAAAAUAACACCAGAAGAUGUUGCUCCUAGUUCAAAUAACCAGAGCAUAUCAAGACAUCCUGAUUUAGAUUUUAACCGUGAGAUAUCAUCAGAAAAUGCUGCUUCAAAUUUAGAUAGUCAGACAACGUUAGAAGAUGUUGCUUCCAGCUCGACUUGUGAUUUAAGUAUCAAUGAAACUAACGAUUUUAAUGAAAUUCCUGACACUAAUAUUGAAGAUAUUGGAAAAGAACGACAACUCAAAAAUGUUUGCUUUUUUUGUGAUAAAGAUCGUAAACAGAAUAAGGUUGCAGAUAUUAUUGUUCAAAAUGAUAGAGUUUUAGAAGAUAACGAAAGUUCCCAAGAAGAUGACAUGAAUGACACUGACAAAGACAGCGACGAUGAUGAUGAUGAUUAUGAAGAUGCCUCUUUUUUUUGUAACUUUGGUUGA